AUGGAUUAUAUUCCAGGUAUCACUAUAACGAAGUUAAUCAGCGGCGGUUGCGUUGGUAAUCGUAUUAAAAAGUUAUGCAUGCUCGAAAUUUUCGCUGCAAUUGCUUCCCAGUUGACUUUGAUGAAAGAAAUGGAAAUAAAGCAUCGUGACCUUAAACCAGACAAUAUUGUCGUUGAUGGUGAUAUGAUUCCUCACAUUAUUGAUUGGGAUGAUUCUACAGACAGAUUUUCGUUAUCUAUUAGUGAGCGUCACGGAACAAUUCCAUUUGCUGCUCCAGAAAUCUUUUCCGCACAGAGAAGAUGCGAAUCUGAUAUUUUCUCAUUCGGAGCUAUCAUGUUUAAUAUGAUUACAGGACGUUAUCCAUUUUACAGUGCAUACAGGACAAGAGCAGGCUUACAAUCUCUUGCUGAUAAAUUCUCUGAACUCCAAUUACCUAACCUCGCUGAAACAUUAGACGUUCUUGCAGAAUUCGAACAAAUGGAUGAUUCAGAACAAUACAACCAUUGGCCAACGGUUGUUUCAUACGUUGAGCCUAUCCUUACAGAAUUGAUCAAAGCAGGCGCUCGAGAUGACUAUAUCUAUAAUGAAAGAUUCCAAAACGAUCCGUUCAACAGAAAAAUUUCUGAGUUGAUUGAAUUAUGUUGCAAGCAAGAACCCGACGGCAGAAUCACACCAGAGGAUCUCCACGAUAGGAUUUAUAAUCUUGCAAAAGAAAUUUUAACAGAUCCAAAUGAAUUGGAUCAGUACAACAAAUAUGGCGAUUAUUUGUUUUCACUCCAGCAACAGGAAUAUGGCACAAAAGAAAUGAUCGAUAAAACUAAAAGGUUGGGUUUUUACGAAAAUGAUGAAACACUAUUAAGAAUCAUUCAAGCAGAAAAUCCAAGAUUUGAAGCGCCAAGAUCCUCUGUGUUUGCCGCUUUCGUUCAAUCAUUAGCUCCAACUAAUUAG